AUGGAUACCGCCGUUCAAGACCCUUUGUUCAGCAAAGGUUUCGACGACAUUGAAAUGUUGGAUAUAGGGGAAACGUCUUCAGAUAUAGAAUCUAUAUCUAAGUCGUCAAUACCUUCAGCCAUGGGAAGUGAGGAUUCGGAGCCAGUCGUUUUGAAAGAAUGGUUGAAUUCAGACAAGCCAUUGAAUUUUCAUUUCAACUCAAGAGAAUACAAGAAUAGUGUUGAAGCCAAAGAUGAAUUUUCAGUACUCCAUUCCAAAUACGCAACGUCCCUUUACAGGGUAAUUGAAAGUCUUGGAGAGUUGGAUUUGAGAAGAACUGAUGAUUACGACGAGCCAUUUGGGUUGAUAAGAAGUGAUAGAUUGGCUGGUACGCAAGACCAGAACAAAAAACGAGAGCUGAAGAUAACAUCUGCCUUCUUGAAAUUAAGUGAUGAGUUGAACCAGUUUAUUGCUGGUUUGAGAGAAAUUGAUUCCGACUACCCUUUAAACUAUGAAUGUCUCUUGUCUAUAAUCGAUUGCUUGCAUGCCAAUGUAUUCUACAAUUCGGUAAACGAAAAGCCUAAUCACUUGGUCAGAUGGGUAAACCGAUUUGAUCUUAAACCAGAAGAAGAAUUGGUCGAGGAGAUCAUGGUAAAAACUACCACACCAUAUCAACACCCUCUUUUCUGGACCAAGUUCAUUGCUAAGUUAAUUACCAGAGGUUUAUCGGAUCAAUCCGCAAAUGCUAUCAAGAAUUCGGGAUACGAGCACUUGAAAGAGGAUGAUAUUGAGUUAUUUCAGUUAAUAGAGGAUUUUAUCGGCUUAUUGGAGAGCUAUAACACCAUGUCAUUAAAGAAAGAAUUUGCUCAAUGGAAACUCUCAUGCUGUGAAUUCAGAGACCUAAUUCCUAAGUUAAAGACAAAUAUCAAAUCCCCCGCAAAUAUAAUUGUAUUGGAGCAAAUCCAUGACUUAGCUUAUAUAUUGACAGGAUUACCCAAGACGACCGCCAAUUAUUGUGACACCUGGUACGAAAUUGUUACUUGCUUAUCUUUGUUCCAGAUUAGAGAUGAUGACUCCAUGUAUCCCCAAUACUUCGACAUUGCCCUCGAAGAAAAGCCACCUUUACUCAUUGACAGUGAAGAUAUUCUCAAGAGCACCGAAAGGGCUUUCUUGAACGUAUUUGAAGGAAGCUAUUUGCAUGUUUUGACGAAGAUUGAUGAAAUCGAUAGUGCAACAGCAGCUCUCGUUUCAAGACUCUUCGAAUUGAAAGGGUUAUUCUCGAAUUAUUACACGAUUGAUGAUGACAAAGAUCUCAACCGAUUGAGAACGGGUAAAACCAUUUCGGAGUACUUGUUAACCAAAUUUGCUUUUCAAUGUCUCAAUACCCACCCAUUGGCACCGGUAGGCAUCGGGAUAUUGUUGAAUGAAAACAUUGAAAGCAGCGUACUGUCUAUUAAUAAUAACAAAACAAUCAUUGAAGAGUAUCUACCAAAGUAUCAAUGCAAGUCAAACGAUGAUCUUGAGUGGUGUUUAACAAUUUGUGCCAAAUUAGGUUUGGUAACAACUGCUAGUGAAUUGUACCGGAUCUAUGGAACCAAAUCUUUGAAAGAUGGCUACCUUUAUGAAGCCUUGAACAUGCUUGUAAAUUGUUACAGUGCUGAUGGUAAUCUUGAAGCUAAUCAAAAGGGUAUGAAAGAGGUGCAUUACAUUGUUUGGGAAUUGAUAUUUCAGGACACUUUGCUCAAUAAUAGACCCAUAAAAGAUGAGUUGAUAAAUAAUGUUGUUAAACAUGAAACAGAUCCCACCUUCGAAGUUCACCCAGUUAUCAAGCAAUGUCUUUCUCCUUAUGCGGUUUUAUUCGAGUUCUAUAAUUCUAUUUCCAACCCUAUCGCUCCAGAUACAACGGUGAUAAUGGCUAAGAGCAAAACCUCUAGGAUACUUCAUUUGCUAGAGUUCACCCAUUUACCUAAGAAGUUCUAUCCAUUGUUAUUAGCUCAGUUGAUUCCUUUUUUCAUUGAUGAUAUAUAUCAAUUUCAAAUACCUGAGCUAAUUGUGAUUAUUGAACUCAUCGAUAAUUUCGAACAACAAACAAGUCCAGACGAUUUCAGAAAAGCUCAAGAGUUGUAUAAACACUCGAUUACAAAUUUUGACAGAACUCAAGCUGAAUCAUACGAUUGGAGAAUAAAGAUCAACCUCAAACAGAGAAGCAUUCCUGAAUCAGUUGGAGAUUUGACUCGACUUCUUAGAAAUGAGAUUGUCACCCAAGUUGGCAAGGUGUACGUACAUAAUGUCUAG